AUGAGUCAGAGAAACACACAGGACCGGGAGCCUGAGGUGACUACUACAGAUAUUGCGCCGUUUAAGAAAAGAUACGUUCUUAUUUAACUUUGCGACUCAUUUCGGCGACCUUUGGAAAUAUAUUUCGAUUAAGGAUUUAGUGGUUGUUUCGCUCAUUUUGGGAUGGAUCCUGUUCAAGGUCUCUCUCGUGCACAGUGAACGUUCAAUGCAGCUCUCAGACCAUCAUCGGGCUUUAUGGACUUGACUGUUAGGCUAAUGAUGUCUAUGCGUUUCAUGUCUGAUACUCUGAAUAGUUCUGAUCCCUCCAAAUCAGCAUUUUUAGAGUUUGGCCACGGGCUUCCAACAAACCAGCAACAUUUACCGGGAUUCACACAUAAUAUUUACCCAGUACAUGGAUUGCACUCAAGCGGACACCACCAGCACGAUGGUCCCUACCCUUCCACCGCGUCCCAUUACAGUCGGCCGCUGGGAUACGCCUACCCUGGCCCGGUGAGCGCUUCUGCCCCGAGUGCUUACAUGCCCUAUCAGCAAAACAACCACAGCAGUACUUUGGUGCACACAAGGGCUGAGGAAACGAACCACGAAAAGCCAGUCAUUGAGAACGGUGAAAUUCGUCUUAAUGGUAAGGGGAAGAAGAUCCGCAAACCGCGAACCAUUUACUCCAGUCUUCAGCUGCAGGCGCUGCAACAGCGGUUCCAGCAGACCCAGUACCUGGCGCUGCCCGAGCGCGCUGAUCUGGCCGCGAAACUGGGAUUGACGCAAACACAGGUUAAAAUAUGGUUUCAAAACAAGCGCUCGAAAUAUAAGAAGAUAAUGAAGCACGGGUGCACUGAAGGGGAGAUGCUUCACACCACCUCCUCAUCUUCUCCUUGUUCUCCCGGUCUGUCGCAGCUCUGGGAGGUCUCCAUGGCCAACAAAGUGCCAUCCAUGCACCCAAGCAGUUAUAUGAACAGUUAUGGACACUGGUAUCCUCCACACCACCAGGAUCCUGUGCCCAGACCUCAGAUGAUGUGAUUUAAAAUAGGACAAAUGGAGCCAGAGACUCCAUUCAGUCCUGACACAUGCCCAUCUGUAGAUCUACGCCUGUGAAGGUCUUUUCCUUUACAGUGUUCAUGUGUUGUAUUACUUCGUGUGUUUGAAAGGACUGUGUUUUACUCUUUAUGCAAGCAGGUGCCUGUGACUUCCAUAAUAUACAAUAGUAGCGUUUCAACUUUUUCAGAUUUCUUAAUAUUUGCUUUAAAUA